AUCGAAGAAGGCAAACAUUUUUUUGGCCUCUUUAGACAAAGAAGGGACCACAAGGACCAGAUUUGAGAAUCUUCAACAAUCUCAAGUUGCUUUCGUCCUUUACAGCAAUGUCUAAUGAUCCACCUUUUAAGAUUUGUAUACAUUUUGACAGUAGAUUUGAUAUAAAUCAUUCUCGUUACACUGGUGGGGAAACAUAUGAUCUUCUUGUUUGGGAUAUUGACAAGCUUUGUUAUUGGGAUAUUGUAGACAAGCUUGGAGAAUUAGGUUAUGGGUCAUUCAAGGUACUAUAUUACAGAAUUUUUAAUUUUUCCUUGGCUGAGUCUAUGGUACAAGGGUUUCAUUCUCUAAAUGGUGAUGCUGAAAUAAUUGAGGUAGCUAAAAUAUUAAUCCAAUCAACCGUGUGCCAUGUUUUUGUUGAGCAUUAUCUUGCUGCUAUUGAUGGAGACUUGGUUGUUAGAAAUGCCAAGCUUUCUCGUAGAGAUGGUACUAGAAAUACAAUGCUAGAUGAUAAUGCAUUAGGUAGUGAUGCUAAUGAUGAAGAAUUGUUGGCUGGGAUUAGUAAACAUGCUGUGAUGAUGGGCGUAAAUGAGGGUCCUAGCAAUUUGAAUGUAAUACAAAGAAAAGAUAAAGGGAAGCAAAAGGUGGCGAAGGAAAAUCAUAAAGCAAAGAAUAGAGUUGUAGGAUCAACAUCUACUUCUAAAGGCAUUAGAAUCAGUGAACUUAACAGUGUUGAUGAAAAUGGCCUUCGACUAGUUGACAACUCAGACUUUGAAGAUGAUGAGACCAAUAGUUCAUGUAGUAGCAGUACCUAUAUUAACAGUUCAGACCCUGGUAGCUUCUACAGUGAUAGCUCCAUUGAAGACCCUAAUGCCAAGGAUGAUGCUUUAAGGAGACCAUCUAGUAGCUUGCAUUAUGACCCAAACUGUGAUUCUCCACAUUUUGAGGGAGGCAAAGGAUUGCAUGUGAUGUGAAAAAUGGUUGUUCAUGGGAAAUUUUUGCUAGUUUC